AUGCGUGCGUCGGCGGCGCGACCCCUGCCGCAGCGUGACCCGCCCGGCGUGCCGAACCCGCACAACUUCUCCUACCUGCUGAACGAGGAGGACAUGUGCGAGCGUGACGGCGACGACCUCUUCAUGAUCGUCUACGUGCACACGGCGCCGAGCCACUACCGCCGCCGCAUGGCGAUCCGCGAGACGUGGGCGCACGAGCGCUGGCUGCGACGUCUCCGCUUCCGCGUCGUCUUCUUCCUCGGCGUUCCCUCGGACGACGCGACGACGCAGAGCGCGCUCGCGUUCGAGAGCGGUGCGUACCGCGACCUCGUGCAGGAGGACUUCCGCGACACGUACAGGAACCUGACCUACAAGGGCGUCGGCGCGCUGCGCUGGGUCGCGCGCCACUGCUCGCGCGCGCGCUGGGUGCUGAAGACCGACGACGACAUCGUCGUGAACGUGUUCGCGCUGCACGCGCACCUGACGAGCGUCGCGCGGCACGGCCACGCACCCGUGCGCGCCAUUCUCUGCCACGUGUGGGGCCGCAUGCCCGUGCUGCGCACGGGGAAGUGGGAGGUCGCCGAGCGCGACUACGCGGGAAAGUACUUCCCGCAGUACUGCUCGGGAAGCGCGUUCCUGAUCACGCCGGACGCGGUCGUGGCGCUCUACAACGCCUCGCUCUACACGCCUUUCUUCUGGGUCGACGACGUCUACGUGACGGGUUACCUGCCCAGCCGCGCCGACGUGCGCCGCGUCUCGAUCGCGUCGACGUACGUCUUCAAGCAGGAACAGCUGGAGCGCGGCGUGCUGAACGCGACGCACCCGGCGCUGUUCGCGCACGUCCGCCGCCUCGCCGACAUGUACACGCUGUGGAGCAAGCUGCUCACGAUGCGCGGCGAGACGCUCCCGCCGUCGUCCCCCGCGCCGCCAGAUAGCGCCGCCGCCGUCGUCCGUCGCGUCGCCAGGUAG